UAUUUAAUUUAAUAUUUAUUCAUGUGUCACUACAAGGCAUACCUAAAGAAGAUCUCAAGAAAAAGGAAUCAUAUAACUCUGCUUCUUGACUUUAUUGUCUCAAAUUUCUAUAUACUUUGAACUUUCCUCUAAAAAAACUAUCAACAACAAAUUAAUCUCCAUGAUGACUUGUAAGAUCUUCUUCUCACUAUUUCUCCUCCUCUUCCUAUCACACCCUAAUCUAUGCACAUUUGUGAAUGGAGAUGCCACUUUAAUCAAAAACACAUGCAAGAACACAAAGUACUACAAUCUAUGUUUCUCUUCUCUCAAAUCUGAUCCUAGCAGUCCAAAUGCAGAUACAAAGGGACUAGCUCUGAUCAUGGUUGGGAUUGGAAUGACAAAUGCAACUUCAACUUCUUCAUAUUUGUCUUCGAAGUUGCUUACUCCUACAAACAACACUACCUUAAAAAGGGUCCUCAAAGAGUGUGAAGAUAAGUAUAAUUAUGCUGGUGAUGCACUCCAAGCUUCAGUGCAGGAUUUGGCUAAUGAAGAAUAUGAUUAUGCUUAUAUGCACAUAACUGCAGCCAAAGAUUACCCAAAUGCUUGUCACAAUGCAUUUAAAAGGGUUAAUGAUUUAGUUUAUCCUACUGAGCUUGCUAAUAGAGAAAAUGGUUUGAAACAUAUUUGUGAUGUGGCUAUGGGGAUCAUUGAUAAUCUAAUUAACUGGUAGGUGUGUGCAUUGUUGUAUUAUUUCCACUUUUGAUGCAAAAAUCAUAUUCUCUUGUUCAUUUUUUUCUACUAUAUAUAUCUUUUUAUGUUCUGAGUGUAAUUAAUAAUAAAUGUGAUUUACUCGUGCUUUAUUUUAUCGAUAUUUGGUUGUUUUAACUUUAA